AUGGCGACGAAUGUGACGGUGGAGAUCGAGGCGGAGGAAAUGGAUGAGGGUCUGAGUUUGAUGGAGGAUUUGAAGUCGGGAGGUUUGAAUAUCAGUAGGCACACGAAAAUGCCAGGAAGGGUCAAAAUAGUUGGUUUCAUCAAGAAAAGGACAGUUGAAGAGAAUUUUGACCUUCUCGAUUUAGAGCAAGCAAAAGCCGGAUUGGCUCAAUAUAAUCCUUUUGUGUUGAACAAGACUAUUGCUGAAGCCUAUGAAGCUGUUGUUGAUGUGCUUGGAGAGAGUGGUUUAAUGGUGAUUGCCGACAACCAUAUGAGUCAGCCAAGAUGGUGUUGCUCCCUUGACGAUGGCAAUGGAUUUUUUGGAGACCGCUAUUUUGACCCUCAAGAAUGGCUACAAGGUCUUAGCUUAGUUGCUCAACGCUUUUCCAAGAAACCAACCGUACUGGUUGGAAUGAGCCUACAAAACGAGAUACGAGGAACCAAUGAAAAUGCAAAUGAUUGGAACAAUUAUGUUACUCAAGGAGUAACAACAAUCCACAACAUUAACCCAAAUGUUUUAGUGAUUGUUUCGGGCCUAAAUUUUGAUAAUGAUCUUCGAUGCUUAAAAGAGAAGCCCUUGAAUGCAAGCGCCUUAGACAACAAGUUGGUUUUUGAGGUGCACUUGUAUUCGUUCAGUGGAGAUGCAGAGAGUAAAUUUAUAAACCAGCCACUAAAUAAUAUUUGUGCAGAUAUUAUCAAUGGCUUUGUAGACCAUGCUGAAUUUGUUAGAGAAGGACCAAACCCAUUUCCUUUGUUUGUCAGCGAAUAUGGGUACGAUCAGAGAGAGGUUAACGAUGCAGAAAAUCGGUUCAUGAGUUGCUUCACAGCUCAUCUUGCACAAGAAGAUUUAGAUUGGGCAUUAUGGACUUGGCAAGGUAGCUAUUAUUAUAGGGAAGGUUGUGAUAAGCAUGUAAAAAUUUAUGAUUAA